AUGAGUAAAUGUCUGAUGUGUCCUGACAAGGGACCUAUUCUGUUGAAGAAUGCUGUUCAAUGUAAAUCUUGCUCUAUAUAUCAUCAUAAGUCAUGUGGUAACAGGUCAAAGUUGUUGCCUGAUGGAAGUUAUAAUUACUGUUGUGGUACUGGUGGUCAAGUUCAUGAUGAAGAUUUUGCUGGACUAGAUCCUGGAUUUCAACUUAUUUUGAAAAGGCUUGACAAAGUAGAUGCGUCAUUGUCAGAUAUUCAAUCCUUCAGCAACAAGCUAACAGAACUUGAAAAAAAGGUUGAUACACUUGAAGAGAUUGUUACUGGCGAGUCUUUAUAUGAUGAAAUGAAAGAUAGGAUGAAUAGAGAGAAGAACUUUAUUAUAUAUAACUUUGAUGACUCAGUGAAUGCAACUGCUACUGAUUCUGUGAAAAUAAAGAAAUUGCUCGAAGAUACAAAGGUUGUUAUUCCAUUUAGCUUUGAUGAUCUUAAAGUUUUUCGACUUGGACGUGAUUUUGUUGAAGGAAAGAAUAGAUUAGUCAAAAAAACAACAAGCUCACAUGCAAAAACUUAA